CUCUAUCAGUACCAUAUAAAUACUCCCAGUGAGACCAGCAAACAAAACCCAACUCGAUCAAACAAAUACUAAGGACAUGGCAGAUAUAGCUAUGUUGGUAGCAGAGGAGUAUGAGAGGAGGGUGAAGGAUUCGAGGAAAAGAGGGGAAGAAGACAUGGAAAUGUUUUCUUGUGUGGCAAUUUUGAGUAAGAGACUUGAAGGGUCUUCUACUUGGAUCAAAAUGAAGCUGCGAAAGGUAGACGACGAAGAAGAUAAAGUGGAGAUUUUGGCACCUAAAUCGCAAUUCAGUGUUGCUGCUACAAACUGUUUCUUUUCUGCUUAGACACUUUGAUUCUCUGCGUUUGUAAAUGAAUUUUUAUGCUUAUUUUCUUGUCUUUGUUUUUGAUGUCGUAUAUUUCAAUGUCAUUUGAAAUUGAAGAUAAAAUUGGAAUGCAUCUUUCCUCCACUUUUA